AGGUCAGAAAAUGAAUGAAGAUUGGGUAGUUAGUCACGAGAGGGGGUCGGAGAGAAGGUCGGCCAAGCGGAGAGAGCUUUCCACUGCAGGGUCUUUGAAGAGCUUCAGCUGUUGGUCAACAACCGCCAGACCCCCUUCACAAACAAUCACCCAUCAUGGUUCCUCGGAUCGUCAAGUUCACGGCCGGCUUCGUGGGCGGCACGGCUGCAGAAGCCGCUUUCAUCGCCCUCGGCUGGAAAUACUACACCAAAGACACAAAAUUCGUUCCCUUCACCAGCUCCUCGGCCGACUUCACCUCCCCGAUCGCAAAGAAGCUCAACCCCUUCUCGAACCCGCCUCUCUGCAUUGAUCACGCUGUGCGAACUGUGCCGCUUUCCCAAUUGCGCACGACAGACGAAAAAGAGCUCACAACGGACUUUUGCCGAGGAGUAUGGUCGGGACCUGGGUUCGCAUUACAACGAAUCUAUCUCGCGAGGAAAUACAAAGCCUUGAGUGGACGGGAAAAGCACCUCUGGGAGAAGGAUGAGCUGAAGAUUUCGGAGUAUCCUGUGGGGACGGUCCUAGUGGAUCACUUCGAGGUGGUGGAUAGGACCCCGAACAAGGUCACGGUGCGAUGUGGAGAUUCCCCGCUCAUAAGAGAACCCAGGCCUAGCGAUGGCUUGUUCACAAUUGAGGUCACAAAGGACGAGGCAAACCAAACUGCGACGUUCCAUCUCAAAAGCAUAUUCGUGAACACAUCGGCCGACGGCAAGAACGCAGAACCAUUGCCGCCUCGAUUCAUCUGGGCGCACAAGGAGUACACGAAGCUGUGGAUGGAAACCAGCGUCCGGAAGCUCUUGAAGUAGGCAUAUCUGGCAUACAUAGGUGGUCUUGAAUGCUGCGCCUCGAAACUGCGCGAUGCACGACUGCAACACUCUGCUAC